ACUGCCCCCAAUCCGUUCCUGGUGCUGUUCGAGAAGCUGAAGCCUCUUCGUUGCUGCGCCAUUCGCCGACGUUUCUCAGUGGCGCACUGGAAGAUACGAUCAUGGCGGGUGGGAAUUUCGUGAACAGAGUUAUGUCGUACCUCGUGAAUGAGCUUCUCGUUAAUAGCCUUGCCAACAGCCCCACAUUCCAGAGGUUUGCUGUGAGAACAUCAAGGAGGAUCGAGGACAUUUCGGUUAAGGCUGCAAAGAAGAAGGAAGAACUUGCUGAGCAGGUGAAGGAUCUCUCUAAAAACUUCGAGUCUUUCAAAAAUCAGUGAGGCACUGUGAUGGACCUGGUAUUGCGCCCCUAUGUAUAUGAUUGUUCUAGACUCUCUUCUUCCUUCUGUGAGAGUGACGAAAAUGAGUUUUGUAAUUUUAGGAUGUGGACAUUAGAUAUUGGCCCAAGGAAAGAUCUUGUACCUCUAAGCCUACUGCUAAAAUAAAUUUCGGUUUUGUAUUAGUAAUA